CACAGGUCCUAUCAUCUACCCGAUCCUAAUAUACUGAACAGAGUCCGGAAUCUUCUCUGCACACAGGGUUAUCUCUGCUGUCCGGGUCUUUAAUAUGGAAUCUUUGCAGGAAAGUUCUGGAGGAACAAUGAGUGGACUAGAAAACCCCAUAUCAGAGAAUGGAAAGAAGCAAUUUUCAUGUCCAGAAUGUAUGAAGUAUUUUACUACGAAAGUAUAUCUUGUGCAUCAUAUGAGAACUCACACAGGAGAGAAACCAUUUUCAUGUCCGGAAUGUGCGAAGUGUUUUAGUAAUAAAUCAUAUCUUGUAAAACAUCGGAAAACUCACACAGGAGAGAAGCCAUUGUCAUGUCCAGAAUGUGCGAAGUGUUUUAGUAAUAAAUCAAAUCUUGUAAAACAUAUGAGAACUCACACAGGAGAGAAGCCAUUGUCAUGUCCAGAAUGUGUGAAGUGUUUUAGUAAUAAAUCACAUCUUGUAACACAUCUGAGAACUCACACAGGAGAGAAGCCAUUUUCAUGUCCAGAAUGUGUCAAGUGUUUUAGUCAAAAAUCUAAUCUUGAAAAACAUAUGAGAACUCACACAGGAGAGAAGCCAUUUUCCUGUCCAGAAUGUGUAAAGUGUUUUACGAAUAAAUCACAACUCGUGGAACAUAUGAGAAGUCACACAGGAGAGAAGCCAUUUUCAUGUCCGGAAUGUGUAAAGUGUUUUAUUAAUAAAUCAUAUCUUGUGGAUCAUAUGAGAACUCACACAGGAGAGAAGCCAUUUUCAUGUCCGGAAUGUGUGAAGUGUUUUACUAGGAAAGUGCAUCUUGUGGGUCAUAUGAAAACUCACACAGAGGAGAAACCAUUUUCAUGCUCAGAAUGUGUGAAGUGUUUUAGUAAUAAAUCAAAUCUUGUAAAACAUCUGAGAAGUCACACAGGAGAGAAGCCAUUUUCAUGUCCGGAAUGUGUGAAGUGUUUUACUAGGAAAUUAUCUCUUGUGGAUCAUAUGAGAACUCACACAGGAGAGAAGCCAUAUUCAUGUCCGGAGUGUGUGAAGAGUUUUAGGAAAAAAUCACAUCUUGUACAACAUCUGAAAACUCACACAGAAGAGAGACCAUUUUCAUGUCCGGAAUGUGUGAAAUGUUUUAGAUUUAAAGAAACUCUUGUGGAACAUAUGAAAACUCACACAGGAGAGAAGCCAUUUUCAUGUCCGGAAUGUGUGAAGAGUUUUACUAGAAAAGAAUCUCUUGUGGAUCAUAUGAGAACUCACACAGAGGAGAAACCAUUUUCAUGCCCAGAAUGUGCGAAGUGUUUUAGACAUAAAUCAUAUCUUGUAACACAUCUGAGAACUCACACAGGAGAGAAGCCAUUUUCAUGUCCGGAAUGUGGGAAAUGUUUUAGAUUUAAAGCAACUCUUGUGGAACAUCUGAGAACUCACACAGGAGAGAAGCCAUUUUCAUGUCCGGAAUGUGGGAAAUGUUUUAGAAUUAAAGGAACGCUUGUGGAACAUAUGAGAACUCACACAGGGGAGAAGCCAUUUUCAUGUCCGAAAUGUGCAAAGUGUUUUAGUCAAAAAUCAAAUCUUGUGCAUCAUUUGAGAACUCACACAGGAGAGAAGCCAUUUUCAUGUCCGUAAUGUGUGAAGUGUUUUAGUCGUAACUCAAGGCUUGUAAAACAUCUGAGAAAUCACACAGGAGAGAAACCGUUGUCAUAUACAGUAUAUGGCUAAUGUUUUAACCAAAAGUCAAAUUCAUCUGUAUACAUGAGGACAAACAUAAAGAAGAUGUCAUAUCCAUGUUCAGAAUGUGGAAAAUGUAUUAGUAAGACAUAUUGUUAACCCCUUAACGACCACGGACGUAAAUGCAUGUCCUGGUUUGGUGGGACAUCCCGCACCAGGACGUACAUUUAAGUUCUGUGAAUGACUGUGAGCAUCGGAACGGUGCUCGCGUCAUACACGGCAGGUUCCGGCUGCUAGUAGCAGCAGGGGACCCGCCGGUAAUGGCCGACAUCCGCAAUCGUGCGUUUUUUCCGCCAUUAACACCUCAGAUGCCGUGUUCAAUACAGAUCAUGGCAUCUACGGCAGUGCGGUACUUUAAAUGGAUGAUCGGAUCGCCCGCAGCGCUGCUGCUGCGGUGAUCUGAUCAUCCAGCAUGGCGGACGGAGGUCCCCUCACCUGGCUCCGGCCGUCUCCCGGGGUCUUCUGCUCUGCUCUGAGAUCGAGAAGACCAGAGCAGAAGAUCACAGAUAAUACUGAUCAGUGCUAUGUCCUAUACAUAGCACUGAACAGUAUUAGCAAUCAAAGGAUUGCUAUAGAUAGUCCCCUAUGGGAACAUAAAAAGUGUAAAAAAAUAAAAAUAAAAAAAAAGUUGAAAAGUGUAAAAAAUAUAAAAAAUAAAUAAAAAUAAAAAAAUCCCCUCCCCCAAUAAAAAUGAAAAUUGUCAGUUUUUCCCAUUUUACCCCCAAAAAGCAUUUUAUAAACAUAUUUGGUAUCGCCGCAUGUGUAAAUCUCCGUACUUUCAAAAUAUAAUGUUAAUUAUCCCGUACGGUGAAUGAAAAAAGUCCAAAAAUGCUGUUUUUUUUUGUCACAUUUUAUUAAAUUUUUAUAUAUGCAAAUAUGGUAUCGAUAAAAAGUACAGAUGGCGGCACAAAAACUGGUGACAAAAACUUCUACAGAUUUGUAAAUUAUUUCUAAUUAAAAAUCUUAAUCCUUCCAGUACUUAUCAGCUGCUAUAUGCUCCAGAGUAGUGGUUCUCAUCCUUCUAAUGCCGCGACCCUUUGAUACGGUUCCUCAUGUUGUGGUGACCCCCAAACCAUAAAAUUAUUUUCAUUGCUACUUCACUGUAAUUUUGCUCCUGUUAUGAAUCGUAAUGUAAAUAUCUGAUUUGCUUCAUGUAUUUUCAUUGUUACAAACUGAACAUAAUUAAAGCAGAGUAAUUAACCCCUUAACGACUGUCAGGCCCAUGGCCUGAUUAUGGAAACAUACAUGUGUUUUAUAAUUUUAUCUGUGUAUAAACUAAGACAUGGGUGAGGGGUCAUUCAGACAGUGCAUCCUUUGUUUUUUGUGUAUUGCAUUUUAUUGGGGGUCUGGCUGUGUGGUCUUUGAAGUUGUGCACUCCGGUCUCAUCAUAUAAUCAAAGAGAUAAGGGGUCAGGAAGGGAGAUGCCCCACCUGGGAUCAGAGGGGAGGGGGGGGAUGGAGUUUCCCUCCAAAGAAGGCAGAUAUAUAUUUAAAACAAUGCUAGACUCAAUGGUGUGUGUUCACGGCUCUGCCAUAAGCUUGGGAGAGAAAUGGUUGAAGACAGCAGGUUUAAGAAGGGAGACAUGGAAAGAGUUAUGGAUUCGGAGGGAGGGAGGAAGAUGGAGCUGAUAGGAGACCUGAUUAAUCCGACUCUUGAUUUUAUAGGGUCCCAAGUAGCGAGGACCCAACUUGUAGCUUGGAACCUUGAAUCGGAUGUAUUUCGAGGAGAGCCAAACCUUGUCACCUGGGCGGAAUUCCGGAGGAGCUCUGCGUCUCUUGUCGGCUUGGACCUUCAUUCGAGCAGAUGCCUUGAGGAGAGCCGUUUGAGUAUCAUCCUAGAUGGUGGAAAAGUCCAGUACUAGAUUGUCAACAGCAGGUACAGAAGAAGGGGUGGAAGACUGCGGCAGAGGUGGAAGAGGAUGUCGGCCAAAAACUACAAAAAAAGGAGACUUGUUAGUAGCAGAGGAUUGUUUGUAAUUGUAAGAAAAUUCCGCCCACGGAAGGAGGUCCACCCAAUUGUCAUGGCGGGAGGAUACAAAGUGGCGCAGAUAGCCACCCAAAAUUUGAUUCACCCGUUCUACUUGGCCGUUGGACUGAGGGUGGUAGGAAGAAGAGAAGUCCAAUUUGAUCCCAGAACUUGGAGACAAAUUGUACCCCACGAUCCGAGACGAUAUGUUCGGGGAGGCCAUGGAGACGAAAGAUGUGUUGGAAGAAUAGUUUGGCUAACAUGGGUGCAGAAGGUAGACUGGAGAGAGGUACAAAGUGAGCCAUUUUGGAGAAGGGUGUGAUCGUGACAACGACAUAGGAUGUAAAUGUACGUCCUGGUGCCCUGGUACUUAAUGCAUCAGGACAUACAUUUACAUUCUGUACAUGAUGCGAGUACAGGACCAGUGCUCGCAUCAUGCACGGCAGUCAAGGACCCGCCGAUGAUGUACGCCAUUUACCCCUCAGAUACUGUGAUCAAUACAGAACACUGCAUCUGCAGCAAUCUGGGCGUUAUAUUGGAUAAUCGGAUCGCCCGCGGCACUGCCACGGGGAUCCGAUCAUCCAAAAUGGCAGACGGAGGUCCCCUAACCUGCCUCCGCCCCUAUUCAGGGGUCUUCUGGUCUGAGUUUGAGCAGAAGAUCGCUAAUAAUACUGAUUAGUGCUAUGCCUAUGCCUAGCUCCGACCUGUAUUGGCAAUCAAAUGAUUUCUAUAAAUAGUAAGAUAAGAAUAUCCUCCCUUUUUAUCCUAUUUUACUCCAAAAAAGCGUAAAAAAAUUAAGAAGCAUAUUUGGUAUCACCGCAUGUGUAAAUGUAUUAAAUAUCAAAAUAUAAUGUUAAUGAUUCAUAAAGUGAAAGGCGUGAAUGUAAAAAAAAAUCCACAUACAGCCCCAUAUAUGGAAAAAUUAGAAAGUUAUAGGUGGUCAAAAAUUUGUGGUUUUAAACAUACUAAUUUGGCUAAAAAGUUUGAGAUAGUAGUAUAAUAAUAGAGAAGAAACAUGGGUGUUAUUUUAAUCGUAUUGACCCACAGAAUAAAGAAAACAUAAUUUUUACCAUAAAGUGUACAGAGUGAAAGCGAAACCAUCCAAAAUUUGCAUAAUUGCUGUUUA